AUGUCUGGAACCAGAAGAAGUGCUCGUCUGCAGAAAGCACCCCUCGAGUACACGACCAGCGUUGACCCGGUGGCCAUCGAGAGAGCGGCCAGUGCUGCUCGUCGUAGAGCCCAAGCUGCGGCAGUCGGCAGCCCUCGGCCUCGGGCGACUACGCAGAAUCGCGGUCGCGGAGCCCGAGGUAAGCGGAGGGGAACGGGAGGUCGUGCGGCAAGGGGAGGCCGUGGAGCACGAGCAGGUCGGGGAGCAAGAGGAGGUCGAGGCGGCAGAGGUGGCACCGCUGCACCAGGACCCUCCGUUCCGACUUCAACUCCCCUGCCCAGUUCACCGCCGCUGCCGAGUUCACCGCCACUGCCUACUGGAUACGUGAACAACCCGGCCACGCCCGAUGUCCCAACAUCAACCACCGACCAAGUGACGACUCCCUCCGGUCCAAAUGCCACUGCACCGUCAGCCUCGGUGGAACGGAAUGGCACCUCACAACAACCUGAUGAAGCAAUCUCAAGAGCAUCAGCAGAAGCUGGAAAUGCUGCCCACAGCACUCCCACCCGCACAUCCCCAGCGUCCAGGCCCGGUCCCAAUACCUCCUCACCCACAGGAGCGAGAGGCCCUACACCAGGCCCUUCUAGACAGCAAGCCGGACGAGCCAACCUUGCCGAUUCGGAGGCCGCCCAGGACCUCACUGCCGAGAACUUUUGCUCCAAGCUUGCCACAUUGUUGGAAAAUUGGAGACAGCAAGCUGUGGAACACGCACCCAAUCUUCUUGAGGACCCCGCAACGGCUGGUGAAGGCCUCUUGGGCACGACGAUCUGGCGUGCCAUUGCCGCGGUCACGGAGGCGAUGCCUUUUCAAUUUUCAUUGUUCGACCCGAUCGCAAUCAGCGCAGGGCUGAUGACCCCAGAUCUGCAAGUCCAAAGGGCAACGAAUCCAGGCAAUGAGUGCUUUCUCGUUCGCACAGAUGGCACAAACGGACUGAUACAUCACUCUUUGUACUUCUUGAAAAGGACCGGAGGUUCCUCCUUCGAAAUUCGAAGCUACGAUUCUGCCAGGGGUAGUUGGCAUCGCAGGGACAGUACCACCAAGGCCGACCAAUUUCGUCAAGCUCUCAUUGCGCUUGGCUGGUAUCGAAACGACCCAGCACUUGCUGUGGCGCCAGGGGCGACGCAGUCGGACCCGCCAGCUCGACAGGCAAAUGGCCGGGAGUGUGGCCUAUACGUGAUCAUAUACGCGUGGGCUAUUGCAUUAGGCUUGGAAGACUCUCUUGCCACAUUCACAGGCAUUACGAGACAAGCCGAUUUCAACGCACGUGCCGUGGACCUGAUCAACCUGGCGCUGCAGGGCUAUUGCAGCAGCGAGACAAUCGAAGCAUUCCUGAAAUGCUUUGGUAUUGUGGAAGCGAACGCAACGAUUCCUAGCGAGCGCCAAUUUGACCGGACUGAGCCCUUCCUGACAGAAGACCAUUUGCGGCACUACAUUGCACGACGGAGAAUCGAAGGCGAUCUUUACAACAUAAACGGGGACUUACCAAGCGUUGACGAAAUGCUCGCAAAGAUCGAGGACUCGAAUCCGGGAUUUCAAUCUUCACUGGUCGAACGCACUGCCGAGGAGGUAAUGGAAGAGUUUAGCAUUGCCUUGUCUCUGCUAGAGACCAGCCCCGAACCGCGAGCAUCUGUGGCCGAGGCUGGACCAUCCACGCAUCCGGGGUCAUCGGGCAGUGGGCAAGAGCGUCAGUCGACUCCACGAAAGCGACACCACGAAGGCGGGAUCGGAUCAGAGAGUCCCAAACGGCGGAAGGAGGAUGGUUCGGUACAGACCUCGGGCAAUCCGAGCAGUUCGAGCCCUCAAGCUCGAACAGGGCAGGAAGUUGAUCAGCCCGUGGAGGUUGAUACCCGGACAACAUCAGACCGCGACACAGCAGCAGCCACUGACACUAAUGUUCGCUCACCGCAUGUGGCUCCAGACGAAGUGCGUAGUGCAGCAGGUCACGGUAGGGACAGUUCCCGACUAUCCUCGAAUACUCCGGAUAACAACAAACAGAGCUCUUCUUCCCGUGGCGACACACCCCGCAAGGAUGGGCACGACAAUGACACUGCUCCAAAACGCGAGCCAGUUUCCGGCGGUUCUGCCGCUGCCGUUGAUACUGAUGCAUCCAACCGAACACCCUCAAACGGUAGUGGUGUAGCACAUGAUGGAUCAUCAACACAUCACACUCCAGCACAGCCAACAACAACGCCAUCCGCUCAGCUAUCCGAUGUUCUCCUCUCAAACCUAGAAGCCACCCCGCACACACCAUCGCCACGAAAUGCAAGUCCUCCGCAUGCAGGAUCCGACUCCUGGGCCAACGACCUGCCCCUAGGCGCAGAUGAUGAUCUCUUCGGCGAUGACGAAGACUUAUACACAAGCACUCCCCGUCCACCCCGGUCCCUACAGCUAGAUUCACAGCUCAGAUCACCUACUCUCGCACUGCCACCCCCAACACCUCGCAACACCGCGCCUUCCCCACAGUUGAGCGAAGGCUUCGAGCCGACUAGGAAUAGUGAAGAUAGUUGGGAUCAGGAUUUCGCGGAUUCAGACGACGGGCUCGGAGGACAGGCUUCGGACGGUGAAGAAGAAGACGAGGGUGAAGGGGGUAUCGCGGCGCUCCUGCAGAGUCACGGGGUUGAUAUUGAAGUAAACGGGGAAGCAAGGAUUGCCGAGAACGACGAUGAGGAUGAGGAGGAGGAGGAGGACCAGCGAGAGUAAUAUUAGAUGAGCAGUAAUAUCAAACAAUUCUUGUCUUUUGAUUCUGCGGCCCGUUCAUCG